UUGCAUCCAGGGAACCAGUCAGUCCAGUGCCAAACUGUCGAUCAUGGCGUUUACAGUUGUGUUCGUACGUUUACUCAGUAUUUUAAUGAGUGGUCACACCUUACUCUGCGUUUCACAAGCUUGUGAUACAUCGUUUGUAGGGACCAGACCAAGUGUUUGGGUUGAUUUCGAAUGCAGCCGGGAAGCAUCGUCGGUGUGCCAACAAUUUGGACUAGAAUACAUCUGUGCCGACAAAGAUCCCUGCGUUGAAAACAAUACAGUUUUAUGUGCAUCACCAGAAGCCCUACCACUCACAACACCAAAUAACUUGAAUGAGAUUAACGUAAUAUCGUAUAAUGUAUGGGAAUUACGCUACCUGUACUAUCAAAGUGGCCAAAGGGAACGGACAUGUCGAAUUGUUCGAGAGCUAGUAAGUCAACAUCCUGAAGUUGAUGUUAUAUCAUUUAAUGAAGUGUUUAUGGGUGGAUGCUUCUCGAAUGAAAGUCUUACGAUUAGAGACAUCCUGAUGCAAUAUGGAUAUGUGUACUACACAGAAACUGUUGGCACACCAACAACUAUCUUAAAGCCUGAAAACGGAGGUGUUUUCAUAGCUUCUCGCUGGCCAAUCAUCAGAAAAGCGCAACACGUGUUUGAAAAAGCUGCGUUUUCUACAACAGACUUCCUUUCUGGAAAAGGAGUAAUGUAUGUAGAAAUUGAUAAAAAUGUUUACGGCAUGUCUAGACGUUACCAUGUGUUUGGUACGCACAUGCAAGCUCAAGAGAGGUUUAAUACACAGACAGUUAGACUGGCACAAGCUAAGGAGAUGUAUAUGUUUCAAAGGCGACAAUAUAUUCCAGCAGAUGAGCCAGUAAUUUACGUCGGCGAUCUCAACUGUGAUUGGGUAGAUACUCAGAACCAUGCGGAAGAUGUCAUCAAUGCACUGCAUGCCAGUGAACCAGAAAGGAAAGGUGAACUUAAUUAUACAUACGAUAGAGCGUUAAAUGACGUGUUUCCCGGCACACCUGUAGAGGAUAACACGUCCCAAUGGCUUGAUUAUGCGCUGUACAGUAACGAACAUUUGCUGCCAACGUCUGCCAGCGUCCGAGUCCUUCGCCCCAAAACACAGCCUUUUGAAGUCUGUAGUAUUUCUGUGUUCCCGGGUUAUCACUUUCCAGAUGCACCACGAUGUCAAAGAACACGAGUUAUAUCAGAUUUAUCCGAUCACUUCCCUGUUCUCGGGAAUUUUGUUUUCCGACCUAAUCAGGAAACUACAACCACACACCCUAUCGGUGCUACGAGGAAUAUCGGAACACUUAAAGAGGUUUCCUUAAAUUUAUUGAUGACGUUAAUGUUCCAUAUAUGCCUUAUACAUCUGCAUAGUAUUCUGUUUUUUAGUUAUUUUUAAAUUAAUGAAAAGAUCAAACUAAAAAUUUCUAAUGAACUGCAGUUAAUACGCAUAUGGUCUCCAGGCUAAGUAGGUCCAUGUAAAUUGCAGAAGUGGAAAAUACAAAUUAUCCCUAUUCAUUGUAGUAAAUGGUAGUUAAAGUUA